CAGGCAAAUUGUUUCCAUUCAUUGCCAAUACGAAAGUUAUUUCACAACGACUGAAUCCAGUACCGCUUAAAGUUUAAUGUGGAGCUUUAGGUGGCGAAAUUCAAAGUUUGUGCACUUCACAGAUAUCAUAAAGAAUUUCCUGUUCUCCACGUAUACUUUUUGCAAUAAUUUCAAAAUUGCAUUCAAUUUGCUGAUGUUUUGUCAACUUUUCCCGUAGACUUCCUUGAAAAUGGGGAAAUGUAUGGGAACAGCUACUUGGCCCACAGCGAUGUCUGUAUCGCUGUCAAUUUUCAGCCGAUCCUUGAGCGGAAUACCUCAAUCGAAUUGUAGAUUGAUUCCCCAUAAAUCUGCAUUAAAAUCUCCGAUCGAAUUUUUUCUUACAUAUUUUGUCAAAUUCUCCCGUAGACUCCCUUGAAAAUGAGGAAAUGUAUGGGAACGGCUACUUCGCCCACAGCGAUGUCUGUAUCUCUGCCAAUUUUCAUCCGAUCCUUGAGCGGAAUACCUAAAUCGAAUUGUAGAUUGAUUCCCCAUAAAUCUGCAUUAAUAUCUACGAUCGAAUUUAUUAAUAAAUUUUUCUUCAAUUUUUACCAUGGACUUCCUUUUAAAUGGGGAAAUGUAUGGGAACAGCUACUUGGCCCACAGCGAUGUUUGUAUCUCUGCCAAUUUUUAUCCUAUCCUUGAGCGGAAUGCCUGAAUCGAAUUUUAGAUUCAUUCCCCAUAAAUCUGCAUUAAAAUCUCCGAUCGAAUUUUUUCUUACAUAUUUUGUCAAAUUCUCCCGUAGACUCCCUUGAAAAUGAGGAAAUGUAUGGGAACGGCUACUUCGCCCACAGCGAUGUCUGUAUCUCUGCCAAUUUUCAUCCGAUCCUUGCGGAAUACCUCAAUCGGAUUGUAGAUUGAUUCCCCAUAAAUCUGCAUUAAUAUCUACGAUCGAAUUUAUUAAUAAAUUUUUCUUCAAUUUUUACCAUGGACUUCCUUUUAAAUGGGGAAAUGUAUGGGAACAGCUACUUGGCCCACAGCGAUGUUUGUAUCUCUGCCAAUUUUUAUCCUAUCCUUGAGCGGAAUGCCUGAAUCGAAUUUUAGAUUCAUUCCCCAUAAAUCUGCAUUAAAAUCUCCGAUCGAAUUUUUUCUUACAUAUUUUGUCAAAUUCUUCCGUAGACACCCUUGAAAAUGGGGAAAUGUAUGGGAACGGCUACUUCGCCCACAGCGAUGUCUGUAUCUCUGCCAAUUUUCAUCCGAUCCUUGAGCGGAAUACCUAAAUCGAAUUGUAGAUUGAUUCCCCAUAAAUCUGCAUUAAUAUCUACGAUCGAAUUUAUUAAUAAAUUUUUCUUCAAUUUUUACCAUGGACUUCCUUUUAAAUGGGGAAAUGUAUGGGAACAGCUACUUGGCCCACAGCGAUGUUUGUAUCUCUGCCAAUUUUUAUCCUAUCCUUGAGCGGAAUGCCUGAAUCGAAUUUUAGAUUCAUUCCCCAUAAAUCUGCAUUAAAAUCUCCGAUCGAAUUUUUUCUUACAUAUUUUGUCAAAUUCUCCCGUAGACUCCCUUGAAAAUGAGGAAAUGUAUGGGAACGGCUACUUCGCCCACAGCGAUGUCUGUAUCUCUGCCAAUUUUCAUCCGAUCCUUGCGGAAUACCUCAAUCGGAUUGUAGAUUGAUUCCCCAUAAAUCUGCAUUAAUAUCUACGAUCGAAUUUAUUAAUAAAUUUUUCUUCAAUUUUUACCAUGGACUUCCUUUUAAAUGGGGAAAUGUAUGGGAACAGCUACUUGGCCCACAGCGAUGUUUGUAUCUCUGCCAAUUUUUAUCCUAUCCUUGAGCGGAAUGCCUGAAUCGAAAUUUAGAUUCAUUCCCCAUAAAUCUGCAUUAAAAUCUCCGAUCGAAUUUUUUCUUACAUAUUUUGUCAAAUUCUUCCGUAGACUCCCUUGAAAAUGGGGAAAUGUAUGGGAACGGCUACUUCGCCCACAACGAUGUCUGUAUCUCUGCCAAUUUUUAUCCGAUCCUUGAGCGGAAUGCCUCAAUCGAAUUGUAGAUUGAUUCCAAAUAAAUCUGCACUAGAAUCUCCGAUUGCAUUUUUUAAAUAUAUUUGUAAUAUUUUGCCCAUUGACCUUGUAAAUGGGGAAAGUGGGUGGUUAUACCAGACUACCUCUAAAAUUUGUUUAUUGUAUAAAGAUCAAGUGAUGGGCUUUGAGUUUGUAGCAUCUGGAAAGUUCAAAACUUACAAGAGAUAUAAAAUUUAAAUUUUAAUUAGUUUGCCCUUGUGUCACGAGCCAACACGAGCUGUCACGAGCUUUUUAUGACUUUUUUUACGUAAUCGGUAUCAUCGAUCUUUUUCCAUCUCUAGCGACGCAAAGCCCAAAAAAUCGCAGACAGCUUGACGCCGCUUGGCUUUAUAAAAAAAAAAAAUACAUUUUUUAGGGGAAAAAUGUUGAAUCCCCAGUCAGAGGAAAUAGAAUUGGACCGCAAUCUUGAGGAGGUGCAGGCUCAGCUAGCCUGCCUAAUGGACUCCAACUGCAACGCAUCGCAAAUCAAUCUUUCUACGGCGACUGGUCUUGAGACUGUACCUGGGAAAACCCCCGACGCCGACAGUACUGCUCAAAGCGUGCUUGCGGAAGUGCAGCGCAAUCUUAGGACGCUUCACUUGGACCAAGCUCCUGGCUUUGAGUUCCGUGGAUUGAGAUGCAUUCAGAUGCAACCUAAGAGGUUGCGGCAGAAUACUGGAUUCGAGAAUUUGCCACAGGGAGCAGGUUUGCAGAAGAAGCGCAAGUCAGAUGGUGAAGGCGUCUUAGUUUCGGACGUAAAGCAGCAACAGCUACGGAAGGAAACCCUGUGGAAUUUGCAGAAUAGGAAGCUUCCAGGAACUAGGUCUCCGGAUAGUAUGUGUUUUCUGGGAUUUCAAGGAGAUUUCAAAGAACCCAAUAUUGUUUCCCGUUUGAUGGAUCUGUUUAGGUCCUUGUAUGAUGUUCUUGCCGCUGACUUGAAUCUUUCAACAGACGAUAUGCUUCAAACGCACAUUAAGGCAAAAAUGCCCAAGAGUGUUAAUGUGCGCUAUCAGGUGCAGGUUUUGUGUACCAAGGUUGAGAAAUUUUUGGGAGGACUGCGCCGCACCCUGGAGGCAAAUCGGCUUUUCAGCUUUGAAAAGUACGACGAGUGCGACAAAUUGCUUAAAGGGUCCUCCUCCUACUUGCAGUCCCUUAAUCCUUUCCUGAAGGCCGAACUACGUCAUCGCAACUUUCGCUUUUAUUCGCAUGCGUCCAAAAGCAAUUUUCAACGACUAGAAGCAUUACUGUUGGGUUUCCGCGAAUGGCUUAAAGCAUCGCACAUCAGCGUGCACGUUUUUAACUGGGAAAUGGAUCUGGAGCAUCACUAUACUAACGACAUGAAGCGAUAUCACGAGGAGCUAAAAGAGCGAGCUUUGCUCAAGGCCUCUGCCGAGUUGGAAGCGUCUAACCCGGGAAAACUGUGCCCUGAGGAAGAGUUUAUCGCCACGCAUUACCAAUUGGAAAACUUGAUUCGGUGCGCCAAACAACAUGACAAGUUUCUAUCCGCCUUGCUUGUCAGUCCGGAGGAUUACUUCCCGCCGCACAUCGUUGCCAUGUGUGCCCGCCCAAAGAAUGCAUUACCCGGAGCUGUUCAGCUGCAAGCUGCUGCAGAGGCGGCCGCAGAUUUCGACUGGAGGUUGAUGGGCGUUAUGGUAGAGCCCUCAUCACCGCCAAGGCAGACACAUCGCCCCGUGCAUCCCGUUCGCUUUAGAAGUUAAAGCAAGGUAGCUACCGAGCUAAGAUAAAUUAAAGCAAUUUAAUGACGUUUUAAAGGUUCUGAGCUUAUUUCCAUUUACAAUUAAAAAGUAAUUAUUAAAGUUACACUUAAUUUGUUUAAUCUCAUAAUCAACGAAUGAUUACAGUUUAAAGCCAUGACUAUUUUAAAAGCCAACUACUACAGUCAAUAUUACUGCAACCCAAAAUCAAAUUAGGAAUAAUG